GUCGUAUUGCAACGAGGAUGGGUAUCGCCGAGGAAGAAGCAGAGCUUAGCCGCGAGAUGGUGCAAUUCCUCACGAACGAUGUCAUUUCACAACUCCGGACGACACAGAGCCAGCUGGAGGAUGCGGAGAGACGCUGGUCGAGGAUGGAAACCCAGGAGGAGGCCACGGGCAAGUCCAUGAAGGCCAAAGUCAAGAUCGACGGUCAUCUCGUGACAGAAGCAGACAUUGAAGUCAACUUGCGGCGAGGGUACCUUGUCAACUCCAAGUUGCACCAAGCCUGCGUGUUGGACCAACUGCUGGAAUUCCACCGUGCACUGCAACUCCAGUACCGCCGCAUGGAGAACAUCGUGCGUCUGCUGGAGAAGCAGGUAUCCUCCAUCCAAGACGCGGGCGACGGCAGGUUGCUGCAGCACACGUCGUCGUUGGUCGCUCAAGUCGUCACGGAACUUGGCAGUAUGUGCCGCGAUCUGCGCACGGGCGGCAACGCCGUUCGCCUUCCCAGCACUCGGCGAUUUCCAUACUGCAGUCAACUCGACCACGUAAGCCUCGACCUGCAUCAAGUCGUUCCAUGUUACGACGUAGCACUUUGUGCCGGCCUUGCCAAGCGAUAUGCUCAUCGAUAUGUCUGUGCACCAAGCGCGACUGGUACACGAUGCGAUGGUCAUGUGGAGUUCAUGCACCUGGUGAUGUGAUGGACAGGUGGUUGAAGCGUUCAUCGUUGCGCCGUCGUCGAAACCGACCGACAAUUUCUUGUCUGGAGACGGCAAAAAGGAGUUUGCAGGCCAAGUCACGGUGUUCCGGGGGCAAGUGGUGGAGAUCGUCAAGCAGACGAGCGUAGCUGUGGACUUGCCAGGGUUGGACGACAUGCUCACGACCGUGGACGCGCAAGUGGCGCGGUUGCUGCAUGUGCGGGACCAAGGUGAUGCGCUCAUGCAGUGCGGGGUCGUUGUUUCUUCAUGACACACUAGAUACACCUAUUAUUCGUGUACUAGUAGUACUACAGUAUAUCGGUACUAGUACUAUUAUUGGUACUACCGUAUUGAUUUUGCCUUAUCGAGUUGUACCCAAAUUACGAUAUGGUGACGCUGUUGUACCCAAAAGUCGCC